AUGGCAUCACAUAGAACUACACGUUUGGUAUGGAGUUGCAUUGCUCUCCUCCUCGUCUUUAGCCAAGUAUUACUGGCGGCUCCGAAGUUCAAGCCUGAAGUAACACCUGACCCUAAUGGCCUCGAAGUGCGGCUCGACUACGCCUUAUAUACGGGAGAGAAGAGGCGAAUUCUCUUCUCCAGCCAUCUAACAUUCGGAGAAGGGCUGAGAAUCACGGAUAAACAGUUAAGGUCACUUGGUAUAGAAGCAUAUAAGGAGAUGGAGGCAAUGGGCAGGGCAUACGAGCUUGGGAAAAACGCGAUGCCGAAUGUCAUGACUAUCCUGACCUUUGGCAAUGAGAUCAUCCUAGCCUCUUCUCAAAAGGGCAAGGACAAGCCAGAUAUCGGUGAGGAGAUAACUGAGGAAUUGAAUGCGUGCUUCGCCGGAUUCGGUAAGGACCACGCGAACCAAAGAAAGUGUGGUGAGGUAAUGGCAAUCGACCAGUAUUAUAAGAGUCGUGCCGGCGCCCCGAAGCUAGAUAUUAGGGCCCGAAUAGCCGCCAUCGUAGCAAAUAAGGAUGCAACGAGCGCGAACCCCUACAUUAUACUUGCUCCCUGUGGGACCAAUGACCCGGAGAGGCCGGGCUGCAACCUUUUGGUCAAAGACCUGAACGUGUUAAGUGAUGGAAAGAUUUCUGAAGACACAGAUACAACAGAGCUGGACUGGAGAAGCUUGAAAAGGGGAGGACAGCUUCGCAUCCGACAGAUGCCCGACCCAGGCGAAGACGAGCUAAAGAAUGCGGAAGACAGGCAGAAGAAGGGGGAAGAGGAGCUAAGAAAGGAGAAAGAAGAGCUGCAGAAGGAGAGAGAAGAGAGGCCGCCGAGGUUGGAGCAGGAGAAGGCGGUGCAGCAAACAGAACAACAAAACACAGCACUGGAGGUUGUCGGGGCACUCAUAUCUGUAGGUGCUGCAGUGGGCGGUGCUGCAGGUCUCACGGCAUUAGUAGCUGCAGCUGCUGGAGGUACCGAAGCAGCUGGAGGUGCUGCCGCUCUGACUGCUGCUGGUGCAGUCGCAUUAACUGCAGCCGAGAUCGCGGAUGAGGCUAUACCCUUACUGAUGGACAGUCUGGAGGUUUAUGAUGGGGCUCUUGAGGCAUUGCCAGAAACGGUGGAAUUGCCGGAACUAGCACCAGCUCUUAGGCGGCGAGCAGUAACCGAUCCUUCAAUCCAAAAAAAGCGAAACGCCCAUACCGAGGGCCGGGAGAAAGCUGAAAAGAAGGCUAUCGCGUUGAGGCCAGUGAUGUUGCAGGCUGUCAAUGCCGGCGUUACGACCGGAUUGGAAGUUGCUCAAAGAAACAUGAGUGUUGCAACUGGUAGUAAGCGGCGUGCAUUGAGUGACACGGAUGUGAAGAACCUAACCGCCUGGGCGGGAAGAAUUUACAAGGGCGUGCAAAACCAGACUUCAACUGUGGUUCUCGGCGUGGCAACCAACCUGACUGUAUCCUUGGUGGUCACAGAGCUGAUGAGAAAUAAUGGGACAGCUCUGUCUGCAAAGGAUGUGGCUGAGCGUGGUUUGCAAGAUUUCCUGAACGGAGUGACCGACGAAUUGCAUGGGAAAUCGAACGAAAUUGUUCGGCGCGUCGGGUACAAAUAUUGCUUCGAGUACCCCGGCAACCAAAGAUGCUUCUCUGAUUGGAGCUUUCGGACGGACAUUGUCCCCCGGGAUCGAUUUCUCUAUGGCGGCUGCCGAUCAUUCCCAAGGGAGUUUUGGCCACGCCAAACCGAGACCGGGUGUCUCAUUGUCAGCGGUGGCGAAAAUCUCCAGAACAUGUCAGAUGCUAGAUAUGCCGUACUCCGUAUUACGAGCCUUCGAGACGACUUCGCUACCAUGACAAGAGAGUAUUGCGAAUAUUCCAUCCAAUAUUUACUCAACAUUUGCAACACUGGCGGCAUACUUCCCACUUCAUCCUCCGACAACGGCACGUUCGCAUGGGCGUGGAGCAUCGAGCCAAACAAUGGCCAGUGCCCAUGUAGGGAAAAUAACAACUCGGGUGCCUACCACCUACCACCGUUUCGUAUUGGUUAUGACGGCAUCGUAGAACGAGGAAACUGGAGAGGCAAACAGUGGAGGAUGCAGUUCGGAGGCUGA